CUCUUUCCUACUUUCUCUAUAAAUAGCUCCCUUGGUCGUCCCUUCCAACUCGCCUUACACCGGUCUGCGAAUCAUAUAACAAGACUCGGACCUUCUCUCUCCUCAUUCUCCUUCUCUCUCUUCCAGCUUUUUGCUACUCGGGGAUUUCUUCGUUCUCCAGCUUGAAAAAUGGCCUCCGCAGUUGACACCUUCCUUUUCACCUCCGAAUCCGUGAACGAGGGACACCCAGACAAGCUCUGUGAUCAGAUCUCUGAUGCAGUUCUUGAUGCUUGCCUUGAGCAAGACCCCGAGAGCAAGGUUGCUUGUGAGACCUGCACAAAGACCAAUUUGGUCAUGGUCUUUGGUGAGAUCACCACCAAGGGAAAUGUAGACUAUGAGAAGAUUGUACGUCAGACUUGCCGUAACAUUGGAUUCAUCUCUCCCGACGUGGGUCUUGAUGCCGACAACUGUAAGGUCUUGGUUUACAUUGAGCAGCAGAGCCCUGAUAUUGCCCAGGGUGUCCAUGGUCACCUUACCAAGCGGCCCGAGGAGAUUGGUGCUGGUGACCAAGGUCACAUGUUUGGGUAUGCCACUGAUGAGACCCCUGAGUUGAUGCCCUUGAGUCACGUCCUAGCCACCAAGCUCGGAGCCCGUCUCACUGAGGUCCGUAAGAACGGUACCUGCCCGUGGUUGAGGCCCGAUGGAAAGACCCAAGUCACUGUUGAGUACUUCAACGAGAACGGUGCCAUGGUUCCCAUCCGUGUCCACACCGUCCUCAUCUCGACCCAGCACGAUGAGACCGUUACCAACGAUGAAAUCGCCGCUGACUUGAAGGAGCACGUGAUCAAGCCCGUGAUCCCAGAGAAAUACCUUGACGAGAAGACCAUCUUCCACCUUAACCCAUCUGGCCGUUUCGUGAUUGGUGGACCUCACGGUGAUGCUGGUCUUACCGGACGUAAGAUCAUCAUCGACACCUAUGGAGGAUGGGGCGCCCACGGUGGUGGUGCUUUCUCCGGAAAGGACCCAACCAAGGUCGACAGAAGUGGUGCUUACAUUGCUAGGCAGGCAGCCAAGAGUAUUGUUGCAAGUGGCCUUGCCCGCCGUUGCAUUACCCAGAUCUCUUACGCCAUUGGUGUCCCCGAGCCAUUGUCCGUGUUCGUUGACACUUACGGAACAGGAAAGAUCCCCGACAAGGAGAUCCUCAAGAUAGUCAAGGAAUCCUUUGACUUCAGGCCCGGUAUGAUCGCCAUCAACCUCGACCUUCUAAAGGGUGGAAGCAGGUACUUGAAGACCGCAGCUUACGGACACUUUGGAAGGGACGACCCCGACUUCACAUGGGAGGUCGUGAAGUCCCUCAAGUGGGACAAACCCCAAGCUUAAACUCGAGAAGAACUCGAGAAGACGAAGGGAAGUGAAGUGUAUGGGAAUGGAAUUCAUUGAUUAAUAUUUUUGAUCAAUAAAAGCAAGUGCCCCGGAUCUCCUCCACAGGCUGCAGCUGCUCUCUAACCAAAAGGAAUGAAGUAUAUGAUAUGGAAUGAUGCUUUUUUAGUAUGGGGCUACACUUUUUAUGUCCUUUUUAUUAUUUCCCUUUAAAUUUUCGUUGUUUUCUGGGUUAGUUGGUUGUUGGAGAAACAGAAAUGGGUGUUGUUGUUGUUGGGAGGUUUUUGUUAGUAGUUUAAGCGGCAACAGCAUUAUGUUAGUAAAAUGAGCUGCUGCUGCAUAUGUAUGUUUUUACAAUGCAAGAAAAGGGAUCAGCUGCUGAGCAGCAUCCUGAAUGUAUUGUGUGCUCGUUAAUAGUAAUGAAAUAUUCGCGUUACAAAAUA